AUGUUCCAAUGUGAAGACUGUGAAUGUUUCUUCACAGAUAUGGAUGUUUUCAAAACCCAUGCGUGUGUCACAAACCAGAAAAGUCCAGCACAAAGUGUGUUUUCUGAAGAAGGUAAUGACACUAACAAUAACCAGGUGUGGAACAAGGCCCAAACGCAACUACUGAUUAGGUCCUAUCAGUUGCUUGAGGCAAAAGUUUCACAGGGCAAACUUAGGAAAAAAAGUAUGUGGGAAAAGAUAUCGGAAGAAAUGAGAGAAAAGGGUUACAAUUUUUCAGCUGAACAAGUCAGUGGAAGGUGGAAGACCCUAAUAAGGGCCUACAAAAACAUUAAAGCACACAAUGCUAAAUCAGGUAGUAGUCUUAAGACCUACCUGUUUGAAAAUGAAUUGGACGAGAUAUUUGCAAAAGAUCCGGUCAUGACGCCUGUAAAAACAAUGUCAUCUGCCAGUCAAGUCGAAGAAAGUAGUGAAGAUGACCAGAUGGAACUUACAAAAAAAAAGUCGACCAAGCUCAGAGAGAAAGAGAGGAGGCAUGAAGAGCGGAUGCAGCUCAUGAGGGGUUUAGUAGAUGCGAUAAAGAUAUCAGCGCCCCAAGCUCCAACGAAGAACAGGAAUAAUUAA